CCACGCUUCUCCGUGGCCUUACUAUGGUUCACACAUGUGUGGUGGCAGGCUGUAGGAACAGGAGGACACCGGGCACCACCUUAUCCUUCUACCGUUUCCCCCGGGACCCCGAGAGGAAGCAGCGCUGGAUAGCUGCCGUGAACCGUGAGGGCUGGGUGCCGAACGACGGCAGUCGGCUGUGUAGUACUCACUUCAUCUCAGCUCCCUUAUCCCCAGAGAUGAAGGAGCCAGGUGCCUUAGAGAUCCCGGAUAAGCAGGAAGCUCGCGUGGAGGCGGCCAACGCCUUGUUGUUCCUGCAGGGCCAGGGCAGGUCUGUGGUGGCGGAGCGGGGCCAGGAAGAGCAUCCUGAGGAGAGAGAGCAGGAGGCCAUUGUGGAGGAAAGCGCGUCCUCUUCCCUCAGCACCGAUGAAGACGACGAGGACGAUGAUGAAUCUGUGAGUGACAGCAAGAAAGGAAGGUUCGCUCAGACGUCCGAUGCAGCGGUUAACUUUGAUGACAUCCUGAAAGCCCUAAAGAAGGAAAACCAGGCCCUCAGGGAGUCUGUAGAGAAAAUGUCGCUCUCUGAGAACUCCUUGAGGAACGAUGCAGAGAAAGUAAAGUUUUACACUGGUCUACCCAACUACUUCGUCUUAGAAACAGUCAUGUGGCUGCUGGCACCCCACAUGGACGGGAUAAAGAACGUGAAGCUCUCAAAGUUCCAGCAGCUGCUGCUGACACUGAUGCGACUCCGUCUGGACCUCCGCAAUCAAGACCUGGCCUACCGCUUUGGUGUGAAAGUCGGUACAGUAACCAGAACAGUGCACCGGAUGGUCAACAUCAUGUCCUCCACCCUGGUGCCGACAGCCGUCUUCUGGCCCUCUAGAGCCGAGCUGCGGAAAAACCUGCCGGCAGCUCUGCGCACAUCUCACCCUGACUGCGCUGUUAUCAUAGACUGUUUCACGGUGCCUUUUGAGGAGCCGGUUUCCCGGGGCAACCAGCAACAACAACAGCAGCAGCAGCAGCAGCAGAGGGUGGUGCCAACCUUUCAGGGCGUGGGGACAAGUUAUAAUGUGUUGAAGUAUCUGAUUGGUGUGGCUCCACAGGGCGUUGUCACCUUCGUUUCCAGGGGCGUGCUGGGAAACGUCAGUGACAAGAGCCUGGCUGAGGGCUGCGGAUUUCUGUGCAAGCUUCUCCCAGGCGACAUUGUGUUGGCGAGUCGCAAUUUGGACAUCGCCGAUUCUGUGGCCGCCCGCGGAGCCCUGUUUAAAAUUGCCGGCGGCUACCAAGGAGAGGCGUACGGGAGCUCAGAGGGCUCGCCACCGGCUGAUACUUCCUCUGAGACAGUGAGCGUGCAGAGGCAUGUGGAGAGGGUGAUCUCCAUGGUGAAGCAGAGGUACGCCAUGCUCACGGGCCCUGUCGAGAGCCCCUUCACCACGGCCUCUGAGCGCACGUCGAACCUCUCAACCUUUGAUAAGAUUGUGCAAGUUGCCUGUGCCUUAAACAACCUGUGCAUCUCUGCUGCUCCACUAGAGUGA